UGUCCCACUGUUGUAGAAGACGGAAGCAGAUCGGUCGCGGUUUGUACCAUGUCAGACUUCACCAUCGAUAUCCAGCUGACAGAACUAGGGUUCCCUGACAUCUUGCAGCCCAGAGAAACAACCUGUGUGAAGGAGACACCAUCGCCUUCGGCCUCUAACAAUAUCUCCCCUGGAUCCCUGGCUAACCUCCAAACCCCCAGUUCCUCGCUGCCUCCUGCUGCACUCACCCCCACAGCUGUGGACACAGAACUGGUCGGUGUAGAUCAGCUGGUUUCUGUAGACUCACAGACUGCUUCUACAGUUCAACAGGUUGCCUCACAGACUGGCCCUCACAUUACAGUAACCCCAAAUCCCUCUGGGCCCCCUGAGACACUGACAAUACUCUGCCCACCCCCUCCUUCUACACACAAACCCGUGGCAGUGCCACACACUUCACGGCCUGUUAGUCCCAUAUUGCUACCCAAGAGUUUAGCAAGUGGUCAAAGCAAUAGCCUUCACCAAAACCCCAAAAUAACUAAAACUGUCCUAAUAUCUGUGUCUCGUGUUGAAGCUGGUACUGUGUUGACUACUGUACCAGCUACUUCCACUCCCCCUGUUGAACACUUAAGAACCAUUGAGAAUGAUUUUGAGCUGCCACUGGCAGACCAGACUGCAAUGUUUCAGACCACUCCAAAACCUGUAAACACAGGGAAGCUAGGAAGGACGGUCACUGAUAAAGCUGAGGAAGAAGAACCUGGUGAAAAAAUAGGAGGGAAAGGUGUUUUCGGUGAUGGGAAAGUGCAAGGACCGAAAGAGAAAGUAGCAGAAGUUGCAAAGAGUUUAGAGGAGGAUUCUGAGGAAACAGAUGACAGUGAGGUUUCUGAGAAUGAGGAUGAUGAUGAAGAGGAAGAGGAGGAGGAGGAACUGGACCCAGAAGCAGAGCCUGGAGGUUCAGGCGAACACCGCUGUAGCGUCUGUGACCUCGUCCUUUCCUCCAGCUUCCAGCUCCAGGAGCACAUGAACCUGCACACAGGGGCACGCCCCUACUGCUGUGCCGAGUGUGGCAAGCGCUUCUGUCAGCUGGCCAACUACCGCUCCCACCUGCGGACGCACGCCCAGCCCCAGACGUCAGUCCCACCCGUACAGCUCCGCUGCCGUGUUUGCCUGAAGGGCUUCGAUUCUGAGCAGGGUUUGAAGGACCACCUAGCCAAGUCCCACUUUGAGAAGGAGUUCUAUGAGUGUGACGCAUGCAAGCGCAUCUUCACCUGCCUGACCAAGUGUGAGGAGCACCUGGAGGAGCACAAGCGCGAGCUGGCGGACCACGUGUGUCUGCAGUGCUGCCGCCGCUUCCGCCUGCGCCGCUCUCUCCGGCGCCACAAGGAGCGGGGCUGUGUCCGCAGCUAUCGCUGCACCGACUGCCCCAUGAACUUCAGCCGCAAGAAUGCCCUCCUCAAGCACAGCUUCUCCCACCUGGGCCUGCUGCCUUACACCUGCAUCCAGUGCCGCGCACAUUUCCGCCUGGCCAGGCUCUAUCGUAAGCACGAGUGUGAGCCGGAGCGGCUCCACUGCGUGGCAUGCCUGGGCGUCUUCCAGAGCCACAACGACUUCCAGAGGCACAAGAGGGAGACGGGCUGCUGGGGCCAGCAGGGGACCAAGGGGGAUGAGAUCCGCUGUAUGGAGUGUGGCCAGGCCUUCUCCACAGCUGACGAGCUGAAGAAUCACGCCGGGGCCCACCAGAGGGUGAUGACCUGCUCCGAGUGCGGCAAGGGCUUCCGCUCGGCCUUGAUGCUGAUGUCACACAUGGGGGGCCACGCAGGGUCGAGGCCCUGUCUGUGUAAGAACUGUGGCCUGGGCUUCCCUCACCAGCAGGGUUACGAGAGCCACCUCAAGGACUGUGGACGCAAACCCCCUCCUGUGAUGGUUCCAAAGAAACCACGGAAAGACCCCCCUGCUGCUCCUUCCAAACCCCUACCCCAGCUCGCUCCAAGGCAUCUCCCUGCUCCUGUGAAGAAACCAGAGAGACAAGUGUCAGCACCACUUCCUACUUUGAUGAGAAUGCCAGGCUCUGCCCCUGCCAGAGUCACUAUGGGAGUUCAUAACAACACUACUGUCCGCGUUGUGAGCCCUGACCAACCCACUAAGGGGCUGUGGAAGCUCAGCCUGGACAAACAGCCGCCUCCUGGGGUGUCCUUGGUCAUGUUUGUCCCUGCCAACACCCCUCUGGCCUCUGGCCUCUCUGGCCCAUCCUCCACCCCCCAGCUUCCAGCCCUCUCAGGCACACAGCCCCAGUGGAAGGUAUUCAACCCAGCACCAAAUCCAGGGGCCCCUCCUCCGGUGCUGUGCCAGUCCAGGUUCACCUCUGAGCCGGGUCUGAGUCUCAUUGCAGGGGCAAACCGGCGCUACUCCUCUGAUGCCCCGCUGGAUUUGGCUUUAAAGACAGUUGACUACGAACAGGAGCCUGCUAAUAUACUACCUCUUGAUCUGUCUAACAAGUCGACUUGCUCCACUCCUCCUGCUAACCUUGUAGUCAAGACUGAACCGAGAGACCCUGGGUUUGCAGAGGAGACUGAGGAAGAAGUAUUCACAAGUUUAACAGGUGAUAAAAAGGGGAUAGUCUUUCAGAGUAAGAGGGAGCCAGGGGAGGAUUCUAAAAUGGAGGCUAUGGCUCAGAAUGGGGGAAAUGGAGAAGGGAGUGGAGAUGAAGACAGGCAAAAUGACAGCAGAGAUGAUGGAACAGCUCAGUCUCAAAUGAAGAAGGCAACAAAGCCGGGAGUCCCGUCAACACCACAGCUCCUGACCGUCAAACCGAAGAACACUGCCAAAGUGGAUCCAGUGAAUCAGCUGAAAAUCGAGUCAGUCAGCUCUUUGCACUCCAAAAUGCUUCGGGGCUUAGUCCAGAUAAAGCAGGAACCACUGUUUCUAGAGGCUGACAGUGGAACACAGAGCUCAGACUUCUGUUCGUACAGCCCGCUGACAGCAUUGAAGAGGAAGAUUGAGCCAGAUGUGGGGCUGGACUUGAGAUGGGAUGGGGGCACCCCAGGCUGUGUGCUCGACUUGAGGUUGAAUGGAGGGAACCCAGCCAGUUGUGAUUUGGCGGAGAAAGCAGAUGAGAGGAACAUGGAAGGAGACUGUGUAGAGGAGGAGCUAGAGGGUGGCGAAAAGGAUGGAGCAACAGAGGAAAGAAAAGCAGAUGAGGGUGGAUCGGAGGAGAGGAAAGAGCAGAAGGAUGGAUCGGAGGAGAAGGAUGGAUCGGAGGAGAAGGAUGGAUCGGAGGAGAAGGAUGGAACGGAGGAGAGGAAAGAGGAGAAGGAUGGAACGGAGGAGAGGAAAGGGGAGGAGGAUGGAACGGAGGAGAGGAAAGGGGAGGAGGAUGGAACGGAGGAGAGGAAGGAGGAGAAGGAUGGAAUGGAGGAGAGGAAAAAGGAGAAGGCUGGAUCGGAGGAGAAGGAUGGAACGGAGGAGAGGAAAGAGAAGAAGGAUGGAACGGAGGAGAGGAAAGAGAAGGAUGGAACGGAGGAGAGGAAAGGGGAGGAGGAUGGAACGGAGAAGUCUGACACACCUGUUGAUGAACCCACAGCCCAUAACCCAGAGACACAGCUCCCCUCCUCUCCCAUCCCCUCUCCUCCCACCUCACCACCAUGUAAAAGACGAAGGUCACUAAGGACAAGGGAAAAGCCUAGAGCCCUACACGACUGUUUAUUAUAAGGGCAGUACUUUACAGAGUGAAAAGUAAGAUUGCUGACAACAAUGUUAAUUAGGCUGCUUUUUAAUGGCCCGAGGAACAGAGGACAAUAUAACCAAGCCUAAUGUAAAACAAUUCAUACUAGGCUUGUUAUUAAAUCAUAAUAGCAACACAUUUAGUGAAUUAGUGGUGAUUUUGAUAAACCAUGCCUCUACAUUAAUUUGCCCUUGGGAUUUGGUUGUUUUCCUGUAUUCCAAUGUUUUUUUUGUUAGCUAUUGAAGACUUGCGAUGUCUAUGUUUAAUGUACCUGCUAGUGCUUAGUGAGCGAGCUAACAAUCCUUGUUGUUAGCUGCUUACUGUGUGGCAAGAGAUUGAGAUUAGGGUAAAUAGUGGCUAUUGUUUUCUAUAUUACAGUAGUUGCGUAUGCUGGCAAUAGGAUCAUGCACUUCUUCCAGUGUUACCGCACACAUUUCCAAACACUCCAUAUCUAUUUGACUAUACCAAUAUAACUUAUUUGUUUUUUUUGUUAUAGGUUGUCUAGUUAGUCUUCAAUUGAAUGUCCUUGUAAUUUUUGUAGUUUCUAUUCUAUAUAAGCGGCUGUAUGGGGCUUCAGUCGCCAAGGUUUCUUAUUCAGGUACUGAUGGAGAAUGUUUGGGAGCCAGGAUUUAAUGUACUGUCAACUUUCUGAGAAAAGAUUCUCAACAGCUCGGUUUUUGUUUGAUUUGAGUUCCAUAAUGGGUCAAAUAUGCAAGAUAUAUGUGCUGUCCAAUUUAUAAUGUUAAAUUGACUUGUAUAUCUUUUUCUAUCACGUUGAAUGUCUUACCCCAACUUCAACUGAAUGGUUACAGUGUUUUGUAGAGUUUCAAACAUUCUGUUCUGAAAUUAUGAUCUUAAAUGAUACAAAUAAAGAUCAACGUAUCGGAAUGGUA